UCGUUUAGACAAACGAUGGGUUGUUUUUUACUUCACGCUUAUGCAAAACACAUGAAAGAAAAAGCAACUUGUCUUAUUGAUGAUGGUAUAAAGAAAGCAUUCGAGAUAUGGGAGGACCCAAAUACUAAGGGUGCAAAUUGCAAAGGUUCUAAUGGCAAGGAACAUUGUGUUCCGUGCCAAUGGAAAGAAGACGAAUAUGAGAAAUGCCAAAUUAGCACAAAUGGAACGCCCGGCCAGAAGGAGGAGGUUGAGAAAAAAUUGAAGACCUUCGUCAAUGACAACGACACUCACAUUCAAACCAUGACAAAGCAAGUAAAUAAAGUAGAAAAACUCUGUGACCAAGUCAAAUGUGUCACAACUCGUUGGAUAAAAGAAGGUAACGGUGGUACCAAAGGAACACGUGACUGGGGGGACGUGUGGAAUAAAGUCAAAGAACAAAUCCCCAUACUGGGCGAAGCCCUUCAGGGGGCAACAACUACGAAAAAGGAUGAUUUUGGAACCUACUGCAAUGGUCUGAAGAAGGAUAGUGAAGGAAAGGAUGCUUGCCUCCUUAUAGCAGCAGGAUUAAAAAACCUCUACGACAUCCAAGACAGCACCAACCCUGUUAAGGCAUCGUUCGAAAGAACGAUGCAAUGUGUUUUAUUAAAUGCCAUUGCAGAUAAACUACAACACGACAGCAACUUUCCAUGUAAGGAUGAAAAAAAAACGAAGGAGGGGAUAGAUUGGGCUUUUACGACUCAGAAUGAUGCUAUUAGGACUGCCACUAAGUGCCAGAAUAAUGAUAAAUGCUUUAAGUGUGAGAGGUAUAAGGAUAUUUUCAAGGAUUGCACAGUGAAUACAGAUGUCAAAGUGAAGGAGAAAGUUGAAGGAAUGCUCAAGGAUGAGGCUCUUACUACUGCUAGUACUUCUCCCUUAACGACGUCUUCUCUUAUCAAGACCAUAUAUGUUGGUACUAAUGGUACCACUACCAACACUACAAAAUGUUGGUACCACUACCAACACUACAAAAUGUUGGUACCAGUCUUACCACUACCACCACUACCAAAUGUUGGUACCAAUGGUACUAAUGGUACCACUAUAGUGGUGGUACUAACACAGAAUGUUGGUACGAAUGAUACCAACACAAGAUGCUGGUUGUGA